CCGAAAUCCACAACCUCACAAACCACGCAGCGGAGGCGACCCACAAAAAACACGCGCGGCAGAGGCAGCCUGUGCGCGCGUCCUCAUCCUCUUAAUCCCCGCGGAUUCGCCAGGGCAAUCUUGCCAACGCCGUGCUCCGGCGCCGAAUUCGUGCUCUGCAGGUCCAAUUGCGCCCCCGCCCCGCCCGCUGCGGCUGCGCCUGGAGCUCGAGCUGAUUAGCGCGGGUUGCUCUUGCUUGAUUUGGUUCGUGUCCGCGAAGCUGCGAGAGCUCUUGGGAUUGAAUUUGAGGUUGAGGCCUCCGGGGUCGGAGCUGAAGCCGCGGAUUGCGUGUUUUUCUGCUCCGGGUUGCUGAUUGGAGAGGAUUGGAUUGGGUGGGUGGUUGAGGGUCCGCUCGGUUUCCGGCGACCAUGUCCGUGCCGGCGAUGGCCGCCGUGUACACCAGCCCGCCGGGUGCCAUCUACGCGACGCCGGAGCACGACGCGGUCAGCUCGCGCGGCCCGGCGCCGUGCGCGGCAGCGGCGUCCCCGUCGGCAGCGACCUCGCACCGCCACGCGGGGGGCCUGUCCUGCCUCUUCUCGUCCCCGUCCGCGGCGCCGCGCGCCGCGGCGCACGAGGAGCUCGGCGCGCUGUGGCACGACAGAUCCGACGAGCCGGCUGCCGUCGUCGGCGUAGGCGCUGGCUUCGGCGGCGGGGGCUACUCGCACCCCCAGUCGUCGUCGGCGUCGCCGUCGCCGUUCAAGCUGCGGGACCACCUCCACCGCAGCCCGGCGUCGCUGUUCCACAGCCCGGCCUCCUCGCCGGCGUCCAGGAGCCCGUCCGUUUCCUGGCUCGCCGGCCGCGAGCGCGACCGGCUCUUCUCCAGCUUCGUGCGCAACGCGCUGGGCUCCUGCAUUGACUACGCGCCCGUCACCAGCCUGCCCCUGGGCGUCCCCGCGGCCGCUGGUGUCGACGCGGCCGAGCUUGCCUUUGAGCUUGACGAGAACCUCUCUGCCGCGGAGCCGUCCUGCGAACCUUAUGCUCAUGAACUCCUCGCCGGUGCUCAAGCUCGCCACCGCAUCUUCCGCGACGAGCUUGUGGUCAAGGCCUUCUUCGAGGCCGAGCGGGCACACCGUGGUCAGAAGCGGGCUAGUGGUGAUCCAUACCUGCAGCAUUGUGUGGAAACUGCAGUGCAUCUAGCCAAAAUUGGCGCAACCGCGACUGUCGUCUCUGCCGGCCUUCUCCAUGACACAAUUGAUGAUUCGUUCAUGGACUAUGAUCAUAUCUUCCGGAUGUUUGGUGCUGGUGUGGCCGAUCUAGUUGAAGGGGUUUCGAAGUUAAGCCAUUUGAGCAAACUUGCUCGGGACAACAAUACUGCAAGUAGGACGGUUGAAGCAGAUCGCCUGCACACCAUGUUUCUUGCAAUGGCUGAUGCACGAGCUGUUCUGAUAAAGCUAGCAGAUCGUCUUCACAACAUGAAGACGAUAGAAGCUUUGCCUUUGGUUAAACAACAAAGGUUUGCAAAAGAGACUAUGGAAAUAUUCGUGCCCUUGGCCAACAGAUUAGGAAUUGCUAGCUGGAAAGACCAGUUGGAAAAUAUUUGCUUCAAACACUUGAAUCCAGAGGAGCACAAGGAGCUUUCCUCUAAACUUGUGAUGUCUUUUGAUGAAGCACUCCUUACGUCUACUCUUGAUAAACUGGAUAAAGGUCUCAGAGAUGAAGGUAUUUCAUAUCACAAUCUUUCUGGGAGGCACAAGAGUCUGUACAGUAUAUACUCCAAGAUGAUCAAGAAGAACUUAACAAUGGAUGAUGUCCAUGACAUCCAUGGCCUGCGGCUUGUGGUUGAGACAGAGCAAGAUUGUUAUCGAGCACUUGACAUAGUCCACAAACUGUGGCCCCGAGUCACUGGAAGAUUUAAAGACUAUAUAUCACAUCCAAAGCUGAAUGGGUAUCGAUCGUUGCACACUGUUAUCAUGUGCGAGGGUGUCCAUCCAUUUGAGAUCCAGAUCCGAACAAAGGAAAUGCAUCUCCAGGCAGAAUAUGGAUUUGCCGCACACUGGAGAUACAAAGAAGGUGGUUUCAGGCACUCCUUUGUGCUCCAAAUGGUGGAAUGGGCAAGGUGGGUGCUCACUUGGCAAUGCGAGGCAAUGAGCAAAGAGCGCCCCUCAGCUUUAGCCAGCUCUGUUGGGAUUAGGCCACCAUGUCCUUUUCCCCUGCAUUCAGAGGAUUGCCCUUAUUCCUACAGCCAGCAGUGCAACCAUGAAGGUCCCAUAUUUGUGAUCAUGCUUAAACAUGAUAAGAUGUCUGUCCAAGAGCUCCCGCCAAACUCGACUGUAGUUGAUCUAAUGGAGCGAGUCGGGGCCAGCAGUCCAAGAUGGAGCCCUUACAGCUUCCCACUAAAAGAGGAGCUGCGACCGAGGGUUAACCACAAGCCCAUAAGCGAUCCAAACCGGAAGCUCAGCAUGGGUGAUGUGGUGGAGCUGACGCCUGCGCUCCCGCACAAGUCGCUGACUGAGUACAGGGAGGAGAUCCAGCGUAUGUACGAGCGUGGCGGGUUCGCCCUCGCCACCACCCCGAGAAGCUGACACCCUCGUGCCCCGUAACCUGCUGUUGUACAAUAUCAUGUAAAUAUGAAAACUAAUUUCUUGCAGCAGAGAAAGCCCAGAUGAACAAAACUCCCAACUGAAUUAGUGUUGGGGGUGUUGAUCCC